AUGAGUGAAGACUCAGCAGUCGACGGGGACGCUGAGGAGAACCGGAAGGAUAAUGUUCAAGUUUGUGUGAGAUGCCGGCCGAUGAGCGAGUCAGAAAUUGUAGGAAAUUACAAAAACAUCAUUACGGUGGAUCACAUCGGCGGAACGGUCACAGUCAACAGUCUGAACCCUUCCGAGCCCCCGAAAAGCUUCACGUUUGAUCUUGUGUUCGGACCAGACUCUAAGCAGGUCGACGUGUACAACAGAGCGGCUCGACCGAUAAUAGACAAUGUUUUGCAAGGAUACAACGGGACCAUUUUCGCUUACGGGCAAACUGGGACGGGCAAAACCUUCACCAUGGAGGGAGACAGAAACGUCCCAGAACUCAAAGGAAUCAUCCCGAAUUCCUUCGCGCACAUUUUCGGUCACAUAGCGAAAGCUGCCGAUCGAAUGAAAUUUUUGGUGAGGACGUCUUAUCUAGAAAUUUACAAUGAGGAAGUCCGUGACCUCCUGGGCAAAGACCAGAGCGUACAACUCGAAGUGAAGGAGAGGCCGGACAUCGGUGUCUACGUCAAAGACCUGUCUUCAUGCGUUGUGAAUAAUGCCGAUGAGCUGGACCGGAUCAUGACCCUCGGCAACAGGAACCGAGCUGUUGGCGCGACGAACAUGAAUGCUCAUAGCUCGCGGUCACAUGCCAUUUUCUCCAUUACCAUUGAAUGCUCUGAACAGGAUCAUGUCCUGAUGGGAAAGCUGCAUCUCGUCGAUUUAGCCGGUUCUGAGCGUCAGAGCAAAACCGGAGCCUCGGGACAACGAUUGAAGGAGGCGUCCAAAAUCAACCUCUCGCUAUCGACUCUCGGCAACGUGAUAUCUGCCCUGGUCGACGGCAAAUCCACGCACGUGCCUUAUCGCAAUUCCAAACUCACGCGACUGCUGCAGGACUCUCUCGGAGGGAACUCAAAGACCCUGAUGGUAGCAAACGUCGGUCCAGCUCAGUACAAUUACGAAGAAACUGUCAGCACUCUAAGAUACGCCAAUCGAGCAAAAAAUAUUCAAAACAACGCUCGGAUCAACGAAGAUCCGAAGGACGCCCUUCUGAAGAAAUUCCAAAAAGAAAUAGAAGACCUCAAACGUCUUCUAGCGGAAACAGAUGCCGAAAGCGGCGGAAGUGGUGCCGAAGAGGCAGAAGACGAGGCGACUCCAAAUGUGCAAGCGUCAGGUCAGAAUGCGGGCUCACAGAAGUUCCAGAAAAGCACUGAACUCCAAGAGAAAUUAGCUUAUCUGCAGAAACGGAUCAUCGUGGGAGGAGAGAAUCUUCUCGAUAAAGCGGAGGAACAAGAAGUUCUCCUGGAGGAGAGUCAACGAGAGCUCGAGAAACGGAAAGAAAUCGAAGAGGCAUUACGGGAGGCUCUGAGGAUCAAACAGGCAGAACGCCUCGACAUCGAAGAGCGCUACUCCGAUCUGCAGGAAGAAGCAGCCGGGAAAUCACGAAAAUUGAAAAAAGUCUGGAGUCUCCGACAAGCGGCCGAAGCGGAGAUGGCUGAUAUGAGGAGAGAUCAUGAGCGUGAGAUGGAAGGAUACAUCGACAGCGUCCGACAACUGAGUAGGGAACUUAAGCUCAACAUGCUGAUCAUAGAUACGUUCAUUCCGGAACAAUUCCAGCAACUCAUCGAGAAAAACUCCACCUGGAACGAAGAUAUCGGAGAAUGGCAACUGAAAUGCGUAGCGUACACAGCGAACAAUCUGAGCAAGCUGGAUACCGCCGCAACCAGUGAACCCGAUGAGCUCGUUUACAGUCGGGACGAUCUGUAUCACUCGUACGGAGUCGCAAAAACACGGAAAUGA